AAAAUCCCCCUCAAGAGCCCUAAAAAAAACCCCAAAAACCCUUAAAAAAAACCCACAAAAAUGUCAGGGCGGAGCCGCGUCCCCCCUCACACACCAGAUGAAGGGCGGCCCGCCGCCGCCUCACGAAGACCCCUUCGCCGGCCGCCAGCCGCCUCCGCACCUCCUCGACGACCCCUUCGCCGGCCGCCCUCCGCCUCCUCACCUCCUCGACGAUCCCUUCGCCGGCGGCCCCCGCGGCGGCGGCCCCAAGCAGUUCCCGCCGCAGCGCACGCCCGCCGCCAUCAUCGAGGAGAGGCUCGGCGCCCAGCACCAAGACAUCCAGAUGCUUCUUGUAGAUAAGAGGCUGGCGGCGACUCACGUCGCGUUGAAGCAGGAGGUUGCCGCGCUGGCAGCACAGCUGCAUGAGAUGUCACGUGCCGUCGGAGGCGCUCAGGCCGAGAGGGAUGGUCAACUCCGAGAGAUCUACGAGAAGUCGAUGAAGAUGGAGGCGGAUCUCCGGACAGCGGAUGCGAUGAGAGCUGAGCUUAUUCAGGUCCGCGGAGACAUCCAGAAGCUAAAUGCUGCAAAGCAGGAGCUCACCGGUCAGGUCCAGAUGCUCACCCAGGAUCUGGGCAAAGCAACAGCUGACGUGCAGCAGAUGCCUGCGAUUAAAGCCGAGAUUGAGUACAUGAAACAGGAAUUGCAGCGAGCUAGGCAAGCAAUUGAAUAUGAAAAGAAAGGUUAUGCGGAGAACUAUGAGCAUGGCCAAGUGAUGGAGACCAAUCUAAUUUCAAUGGCUCGUGAAGUGGAGAAACUGCGUGCAGAGGUUGCUAAUGCCGAGAAGCGGGCACGAGCAGCAGCUGCUGCUGGGAACCAAGGAUCUGCAGCUGCAGGGUAUGGCCUGAACUAUGCAAAUCCUGAUCCCAGUUAUGGUGUAAAUCCUUAUCCUGCUGCUUAUCCAACAAAUCCGGUCCCAGGGUCUACAGAUGGUGCUUCUCAGUAUGCAGCAGGAGCCGGAGCCGGAGCCGGAGCUGCACCAGGACAUGGUUCCUGGGGUUCAUAUGAUAUGCAACGUGCUCAUGUACGCAGAUAAACUUCUAUGUGGGUGUUGAUAUAUCGACACCAAAUGCAUAUGUUCUCAUCGGAGAAACUUACUAGCUAUUUAGGUUACAGCUC